CCUGUACUCCAUAUCUUGCUCAUUGCAAACCCUGUUAUGACUAAGUGUCUUUUCUCUUAUCAGUCUUUCUUCCCCCUUGAUACAACAUCCAGAGUCCAAGGCCAAACUGGUCUGCUUGCUAGACUACUAACUACAGCUGGAUAAUUGGGGGACUUCACCCAUGUACGCAUGUGCAUUGUAUAUGGAGGACCUGAUUGGUGUUAGUUUUGCCCCAGCUAACACACCUGACUUCAAUAUUCACCUAAUCGUGGUCAUCAGUUUAGAAUGACAUUUGAUUUAAUCAGUGUUUGCUAGGGAUGGAGAAAGUGUGACACCAAUCAGGCCCUGGACUGGAGUUGCCCACCCCUGGUAUAGGCAGUAAGGGCAGGGGAACUACAUGGAUACAGUAGUGUGCUAAGCAGUAUGUUCUUAAUUAACACAGGAGUCUGCUGAUGGGAGUACGGCUCAUAACAAUGACUGGAACGGAGAGAAUGACAUCAAAUGCCUUGAAACCAGGUGUUUGCUGUAUUUUAGUAACAUUUCACUAAUGUCACUCCAGUCAUUACCAUAAGCCCGCUCUCCCCAAUUACACUGCCGCCAGCCUCCUGUGGUUCUUAAACCCUCCCAUCUCCUAUCCUAUAUCACCCUAUUCGACUGAGGGCCAAGUGUCUGCAGGUUCACUCACAUGUACUUGAUCAAGUAAAGUCACUGAUCAUUUAGGAACUCUCCUCACCUGGUUGUCUAGGUCUUAAUUGGACAUUUGAAAGCUUCACCACCAUGCUGAACAACAAGCAGCUGGAGCCAGUGGCUGUACCAGUCAACAUACAGCAGCAGCAAGUGGCCAGUGUCCGCAACAGGAGACUGGCUCUGCAGAUGGAGAACAGGACCUCUGUGCAGGCUGCCCUGCAGCCCAAGAGCCUGAAGCAGGGCGAUGUUCUGGCAAGGCUAGGUCGGCCCAUGGGGACCCUGAUGCGGGGGGCCACCAGAAGCCAAGGAUUUGCUGUAAGGGGACUGCGAGGAAUGCAUCGAGGAGGUUUCGGAGUGUGUGGAAACAACAGAAGGGGCUUUUUCAGAGGUGGCUAUGCUUUCAGAGGUGUGAAUCCGAUGCGUGCCCGGGGAGGGGUGACUAAGCUUUGGUUUCGUCAGGGCUUGAGGUUGCAAGGUGGCCAGCUGAACGAUGCUGGAGUGCUGGUUAGCUGCGGAGCCAGGAAUGAACUGGGCCUGAGAGGAAGAGGCAGAGGAGCGGGUCUGGGCCUGCGGGGCCGGGGAUGGUUCCGAGGCAAACCUGAGAAAAUCCCCACCAAAGAGGAGCUGGACAACCAACUAGACAACUACAUGUCAAUGACCAAGAGCCACCUAGACGCAGAGCUGGAUUCCUACAUGGCCAUGGCAGACUCUGACUACAUGGAGUAGAACCCUGCUGGAAGACGGGUAGGCAGCAUCAACAAAUGCACUGAGGCUGUCCAGGGGUGAUUCAUUAGUAGAACUACCCCUCACUGGAAACAGAUGGAUGUGACAACCAGGGUCUCUGGCUUAGUCAGAACUAUUGUUAAAGCACUAUUUGUGAACAAAUAUGUGGUGGUACA